GGCUUUUGCGAGGACCAGGUUCGACAACGACCACGACGGCGAUGAGCAGGGAGCAAUGGCCAGAACGGCCAGAUCAAUGGGCAAACCUCUUCUCUGCUCCCCUAUCCCCUAAUGUUUUUGCCGCUCUCGCUGCCUCUGGCGUCUUUGGACCUCCCAUCGUCGACCAACACAACGAGCCCAACCAUUGGCCAGCCUUUACCAGCCCGUAUCCACCGUCCACAACGACGAGCAACAAUAUUCCCCAUCAUCCUUUACCACCUCCCCAGCUACCUCCCUCUCUCUGGAUGUCUCCUCAUCAUGGUCAAGACCGAUCGUCAUAUCUCCACUCUCCCGUAGUUUCACCCAACUCACCCAAAUCUACAAUCUUCAGCGACAUCUUUUCUGAUGGUCUUUUCUCUUCGAAACCUUCACAAGCGAAUAGUCCAUUCACUUCCCCUCGUCUAUCUGGUUCCCCAGACGUUUUGCCCUCUCAACUUCCUGCACUCGAUGUAGAAGACCCCGAGCAGCUCGCAAAACAGGACCCUCUUGCUACCCAGGUUUGGAGGAUGUAUGCUAGGACAAAGGCUACUUUACCACAUGCUCAGCGAAUGGAAAAUAUCACUUGGCGUAUGAUGGCUCUUGCCUUGAAGAAGAAAAAGGAAGACGAGCAACAACAGCAGAGUCAACAGAACCAGAAAGUACCCAAUUUACUGGACCAGCAGAAGAGCAAGCCAGUUUCUGCAGCUUCUGCCGCUGCCGUACCGAUAAUAAUUAAACAACCUUCUACUUCUACCUCAAAUUCGGAAGUGAUUCAUACUGAACCAGACGAAAGGGGCAGACGGAUCGAUAAAGGGAAAGGCAGAGUCGUCCGAGUCGUUGGUUUCGACGGCACAAACCAGGACAAGUUCGAUCUUCCUGAAGAUACGCCUAUGGACUGGAGAGCUUUCAGUAGAUCCAGGUCUCGAAUCUCGAUGGACUGGACACCUACCACUCGCUCUCGUUCCCGUCCCCCAGAGUUCCAUAAUGAAACGAUGAUUUCCACCGAUUUCCAUUUCCCAGGUCCUGCAAGUGCUCCGGGGGCUUCAUUUUCUAUGUCAUCCUCGUCAACGAGUACACCUUCAUAUAGAAUCGCUACUACGACUACAUCAUCUGGCAAAGGUAUGGCGUCACAUGCGCCAUCCCUUUUGUCCGCAUCACGCAUGAGUCCUCCCACGUCCAAGGCGAAUUUACCUGCAAGCCAUUCGUCAACUUCCAUUUACGACGAUCCUUUAUCCUCAUCGUCGACGUCCACUACAACUUCUUGGGCCUUUCCCUCCCUUUCAAUGUCAUCAGCCUCCACCGAUACUUCGGCAUUUAGCUCUCCUGUGUUCGCACCAUCCUCUUUACCUUCGUUUGGUCUACAUGGCUUAUCACGGACACCCGCGCAGAAUCAGACCGAUGACUUUAGUUUAGACGGAGAACAGUUAUUCUUCGACAAUUCGCAACUUUCACCACAUCCACCUACACAAUAUCAACCACAUCACCCGCAGACAUUAUCUGCUCAGCACCCUACUCCUCAUAUACAUUCGCACCAUCAUACUCAACACCAAAUUCCCCCGGAAUUGCGCACAUUCCCGCGACAUGUGCGUAAGACUUCAUUCGAUCACACAGUCUCAAAGGAAAGCCUCUUUUCUGGCCUGGGUGGUCGACAUCAAGUCAACGGGCGGCCUCUACCUCCCAAAGAACAACAAAUACAAAUAACACAGGCCCAGGGCCUGCUCGGCAAACGACGAGCAGAAGCACCUCAUGCAGAAAGCAUGCUUCGUGCCGAUCCAGUGUUACUCAGUCCGGAUCCUGGGUCGUUGGGUAUCACCAGUGAAAUUACCAGCCUACACAGUAGACGUAGUAGUGGUGUUACCAGUCCUACGACAUCCUAUUUAAGUUCGUCGUUCCCCAUAAGUUCAUUCAACUUUUCUUUUCCGUCCAGCACUUCCAUCGUUGGAGGGUAUGACAGACUGUUUGAUGGAGGAGAUCCAACAAAUAGCAACUCGCUUUCGUCGACCCCCAACGGAACCAACGGUUUAUCUCCAGCAGCGGCCAGCGCGUCGGCUGUAAUGGCGGAAAAUUAUGCGCGUAUGGCCACGCUCGGAAAUGCUGCAGAGGACGGCGUUGAUUACUCGACUUUGAUGGGACUGAUGUAUAACCCAACACCCAAUUCUACCGCACCUUCCUCGACGCCAACGCCUGCACCUUAUUAUGUCGAUCCCACCCAGGUCUCUUCCGCCGCGCCCGACAUAAGCGGUAACGGGGUAGGACCAGAUGGAUUUGGGGCAGAAGGAUUUGUUGCGUUCCACGCUAGCCCGGUCUCGAGUGACGGUUGGGGCACCAGUGCAGGAGCGUUACUGGCUAACUCCGCGACGACAAGUCCAAACGCAAGUAAUCAUUCGAAUGUUAGUACGCCCCCGAGUAGUGCUCCGGAAGCCGCUUCGGGAGCAGGAGGCGGAGGAGGGACGAAUGGACGGGCUGGCGGCAGGAAGUAUAUCCCUUUGAAAUCUUCAUCUCAGGUCCAGGAUUCUUCUGGUGGAAUAUCUCCGAAAGGUGGUGUACAACGACGGAAGUCGACUUCUGCAGCGGGUGUGGGAGAAUUGAGGAGUUCGGCGAGUACCCCUGACCCUUCAGACAAGCCCGGAGGAGAUAAGGAGGGGAAAGAGGGUGAUGGAGACGGAGGAGGGAGUGUUACCUUAUGUACGAAUUGUCACACGACAAACACCCCGCUUUGGAGAAGGGACCCAGAGGGACAACCGUUGUGUAAUGCAUGUGGUCUAUUUUAUAAAUUGCAUGGGGUCGUCAGGCCCUUAUCACUCAAAACAGAUGUUAUUAAAAAACGCAAUCGGGCAUCUGGGACACCCAGCUCAAGUUCCCGCAAGUCGGGGAAUAGUAACAAUUCAGCUUCGGCACCCUCUGGUCUCCCAAAGAUUGCGACCAGGCCGCGGUCCCAAUCGAAUGUUGGUGGUAAUGGGUCAAAUGACAGCACUGCAAGUGGUGCAAACAGUACCGGAGCUGGUACAGGUGGUCUGAAGAGACAGAGACGGACUUCGCAAAGUGCUAGAUGAUGUUGAAGAGGAAGGACUCUACCUGAGCACGUGUUCUGAUGUCUUCCAUUUCACGUCGCUUAUCACCACUAUUUAACUUGUUUUCUUAUCUUUCUAUUGAGCGGUUUAUCUACGUAUUAUCUGUAGAUGUAUACAUUUUACACUUUUCGGCUUGCUGUACUCUCUUGCCCUCUCCAACAUGCAUUUCAAUAUCUAUAGACUGUAUUUGACCUCUGAUGCC